AAGGAGAACAGCAAAGUCCGAGAGUAAGGUAAAGCCACACAGCUGCCAGGAGCCUCCAUCCAGAGCGCUUUUCCAUCAUUCCCUUACCCCCAUCACCACUGACCCUCCACUGGGCAGCAGCCCUGCAGCUCUGCUGGUAGUUGGAUAUGGAUCUGCUCCACAGCUGGGGGGUGAAUCUGGCUGUCCACCUGCAGACGGAAUACAGAGCCUACGAAAACUGGUUUCAACUGGUGUCCUCAGUGGCGGACCUCCAUACCACCUUCUUCAUCUUCUUCCCCAUCUGGUUCCACCUGAAAAGAGACGUGAGCAUCAAGCUGAUCUGGGUGGCAGUGGUUGGAGACUGGUUUAACCUUGUGCUGAAAUGGGUCCUUUUUGGAGAAAGGCCGUACUGGUGGGUUCACGAGACUAAGUUUUAUGGCAUUGAUCCAGCCCCAGCUCUCAGACAAGUUCCAAUCACAUGUGAAACUGGACCAGGUAGUCCAUCUGGUCAUGCAAUGGGCUCUGCUGGAGUAGCAUAUGUGAUGGUAACUGCUGUACUCGCCAUUGCUGCGAAAAGAAAAUGCCCUCCUUUACUGUACUGCUUAUUACAGGCCGUGCUCUGGAUGCUGUUUGUUGUGGUGGAGCUGCAGGUCUGCAUGUCCCGUGUCUACGUUGCAGCCCACUUCCCACACCAGGUUAUAAGUGGAGUAAUCUCAGGUAUAAUUGUAGCUGAGGUCUUCUCCAGACAGAAGUGGAUCUACCGUGCGAGCCUACAGAAGUACUUCAGCAUCACCGUGUUUCUGCUGGUUUUUGCUGUGGGCUUCUAUGUCCUCUUGAAAGUUUUGGGCGUGGACCUCCUGUGGACCCUAGAAAAGGCCCAGAAAUGGUGUAACAAUCCCUCCUGGGUCAAUAUGGACACAUCACCCUUUGCCAGCCUGCUGCGCAACAUGGGCACCCUGUUUGGUCUGGGACUAGGACUGCACUGGCCACUCUGCUCUGAAAGCAAGCUCAGCAGCAGUGCAGCCUUCAGGAUCAGCUGUAUUGGUGUUUCAUUGGUUCUCCUGCAGCUCCUGGACUCCCUGAGCUUCUCUUCAGAUAACCAGGCAACGUUCUACCUUCUUUCAUUUUCUAAGAGUGCUGCUGCUCUUCUGGUUCCCACUACUCUUGUUCCUGGAGGGAUUUCCUUGUUUUUAUUAGGAAAGAAAGAUGAGAAGACAUCAUAAAUGCAAAAUUCUGUGAAACAACUCAUAAAUCCAUAUUUUUUUU